AGUGCAAUCUUACCUUUACUGGCUUGCAAAGCUGCAUAGAGUCUCGCGACUUGUUAAGACUUACACGUAUAGAUUAAUAAGUGAAUGGACUUUAAUCCAAUAAACAACAAUUAGUGCUAGUGACUGUGUUCAUUGUUGUUUUGUGAGAGGAACUUUCGAACAGCCACAAGAUUGAUCUGGAGCUACAGCGACAGGCCAGCAAUGGCCAUUUUAUGAGCUCCGUCAGCCAAAUGUGUGACCGCGGAUUCAGCGCCGCUGAGGGACUUUCAAGGAUGGCUUCCUUAGGCGGAGCCGCCUUGGGAGUCCCCCAAUCGAUACAAUCAAGUCAAGCGAUCAAGAAACAAGAGGACCAUAUUAAGAGACCUAUGAAUGCCUUUAUGGUAUGGUCUAGAUUGCAACGGCGGAAAAUCGCACAAGAGAAUCCGAAAAUGCACAAUUCCGAGAUCUCCAAGAGGCUGGGUGCGGAAUGGAAGUUAUUGACGGAAGAUGAGAAAAGGCCAUUUAUUGAUGAAGCCAAACGACUAAGAGCGAUGCACAUGAAAGAACAUCCGGACUAUAAAUAUAGACCGAGACGUAAACCGAAAACUUUGCGAAAGGAGGGAUACCCUUAUUCGAUACCUUAUCCAUCGGUACCUAUGGAUGCUCUACGAGCAGGUAUGGCUGCUACUAGUAUGAGUCAAUCUAUGGCUUCUUACUAUAAUCCUUCAGCAGCUUAUGGUUCACUUAGUGCAGCUUCUAUGGCUGCGGCAGCCGCAGCUGCACAACAAUCUGCUGCUGCAAUGUCUGCAGGAUUAGCGGCACCAGCACAGGUUGUUAGUUCAAUGGAUGCCAUGAAAUACUCAAUGGAAGCCGACAAGUACCGUUCGCCAUAUAUGCCACCAUCAACUCUGGCGAUGUCUAUGUACUCAGAUCCAAAAUAUAUGGACACUUCUUCAAAAAGCUAUCUCGAACGGGGGUACCUUGAUUCUACAUCUGCUCUUACCAAAGCUUAUUUCGAAUCUUCAAAAAUGUAUAUGGAUGCAAACAUUGCAAACAAGUAUAGUCCUGAUACUUCCAGGAGUUAUUCACACGGUCUAGAUAUCGGCAAAAUGUAUUCAGACCACCACCAGCAACAACAGCAACAUAGCCAGCAAGUUCCAAUGAGUUCGCCUCGAUCUUCGGACUCCCCAGAUAUAAAACCUAUUCAAGAGAGGCUAGAAGGCAGUUCUUCAUCCAGUUCAACAACAACAUCAUCUGCAGGCGCUUCUCCUGGUGCCCUGCAGGGAUAUUACCCUUCAAGUGCAAUGCAGCAAAGUACUGCUGGUUUACUGCCGAUGGCACAAUACGCCGGGCAGUACCCUUCUCAAAUACCUGGUAGUGAAUUUAGGAAACCGCUCACUGUCAUAUUUUGACCAGAUAGAAUGUGAACGUGAUGUCUAGUUAUAUUAAUAGGUGAGAUUCUUUUUAUUUGAUCGAAGUAUAUUAAUAAUUCAGAACUUUUUAAUAGUAAACCUGAAACUAUCUUGUUAUACUCGUAAUUUAAUUAAUUUCUUAUGCGAUUACAAUAUAGAUAAUAUAUGAUCAACAUUGGACAAGUAUCAUUAGAGAUGUUGAAAAUAAUCUCACUUAGUAAUUAUGACAUAGUCGUGAUACUUGUACUUUACUUAUCGGCAAUUAAUAAGAAUUAUGUGAUGCUGAAUGUAUCUAAUUAAGCACGAGAUACUGCAAUGUACUAUUCAAAUCUAUUUAAAGGUAAGUAUUAACUUUGACUUUGAGUUUUAUUUCUAAUUUGAAACGUGUAUUUAUCAUCAAGAACAUCAAAACUUUUUUAUGUAGCAAGGAGCACGUUUUCAGAUUAUUUUCAGGAUAAUAGUAGCUAUGAAACAAUUUAUACACUUGAUUACUUCACUAGUAUGUCUAUUCAUGUAUUAAAAUGUGAAAAAUUAAUUAAAUUAUUGUAAUUUUUCACAAUGGAAAAUUUAAGCAGAAAAUUCGAUUGUAACAACUUCCCCCCGAUUUGGGGAUAGUUCUAACACCUUCGGACCACGAUCUCAAAUUAAUAGACAAAAUCGUCAAUAAUUAAUAAUUUUUUUAUUUAAAAACGUUAUAAACAAAAGAGAUCACUCGAAACAGUCUUCUUACCUUUAUGAAUAAUUAUAAUAACUAAAUCGUACUUUUAAAAACAACUAUAACUGGCAGGAACUUUUUCAAACCCUAUAUAUGUCCAUAUAUAUUCAGGCUGGCUGUACUCGAUUAAAUUGGUUUUCAAAAGCACCAUAAUCUCCUACAUCUAAGGGUUGUAAAUUGUGAGACCGGGGCGGUGGAAAUGACAAUAUUAUUAUAUUGUUAACUUUGGCUUUCUCAACGACGUGAAAAGUUACAUGAGAUCUGUAGUUAUCCAGAAGGAGGCGGAAGGCUUGACAUGUUGAAUUAAGUGAUCUAUAACUUUUAAAAAUUCUACUAGCGUCAUCCACCCCAAGGAAUAUCUGCUCCAAACGUAUGUGACGGUCCAGCACGAAGAAAAAGAUCUUAUUCUAGUAAACACGAACAUCGGCGGAAAUGAAUUGCCAACAGCAUUUAUGGCACAUGCAAGAGUUUGAAGUGUUGCGUUCGUACCGACCUCCUUUUGACCACGGAAAACGAAUAUUUUUUUAAGCGUCUGCACCGUCGUGGUUAGGUUCUAUAUGUCAAAAAAUCUUCAACGUUGGCUCUGUUGAACGACAUUUAUAUACUCAAAGAUGUAGCUUCUGGUGUUCAUAGAGAUAGCUAAGGAUUUCUAGCCAUAAAACUUUUAAACCAGUUAGGAAUAUUUUUAAAUUGAGGUUUGUUUCCUGUGAGAAUCUAGGUUUAACGUAACUCAAUGAACAAAUUUCGUUGUUUUUGUUUUUUUUUUGACAUAUCUGGAUAAGGACAUCAAACGCAAAUUACUAGGACAUUUUACUAGCUUUACGAAUACUCGUUUUAUUCUGCAGGCCUUCAUAAACUUCUUGACUAGUUGUACCUCUAUGUGUUUUCCUUUUAACUAGUUCCUCAUUCUGAAAAUAAAAACAAAGAAUAUUAAGUAUUUUUAAACUAUGAAGACAAAUUUUUUGGGAUUGAUUGCUACAACUUACCUUAAAAAAUUGUAAUUACCUGCUCUACGGCACGUUUUUUGAUUUUUAUUAUAAAUGCUCAGUCACCAUUAAUGGAUAUAGAUAAUAGAAAAAACAAUAUUGCAAGUUAAAGGUGGAUAUAUUAUGAACAUUGGAGGUUGAAAAUUUUGAGAAAAUUAAAAACAUAGACAUCAGGAAUCAGAAAUUUCCCCUAAAAUAAUUACAUAACUUGAUUUACAACGUUUUAAAUUUCGAGGCAAUUUUUCAAAAUGUAAAAAUUUAUUGUUUCGGAAUGAAAUCUCAAUAUAUCUAUAUUUUGAACAAAUAAUUACGAUUUUAUCACUAAAUGAUGUUUUCUUGGGAAUUCGGGAGACGGUAUCAUUUUUUCCAGUUUUUAUUCAUUGAAUCACUUUUUUUUACAAUCCCAUCAUCAACAAUUUAGUAAAAUAUGUGUACUAUGAUUUAAACAAUGACUGUACAUUGGAUAUUAUAGAAAUUACAUACUCAAUAGUUAUUAAUAGAUAUGGAAAAGUACAACCAACAAAUUUUACAGUUUAUAUUUACUACUAGUGUUGCUUUCAAGUUAACGAUGAUUCUCGGGUUGAUUUCGCAUCUAUUAACAUUAUCAUUCCGUCCAAAAUUUAGUUUCGGGCUAUAAUACAACAAUUUUUAUAUUAUUAACAGUACUACCAAUAAAAAAACAUGAGAAACAAUAGAAUUUCCAAUAUUAAAAGAAACACUAGUCGUUACGUAACUUAUUAAAAAUGAGAAAUAGAUCAGAUGAGAAAAAUGAUUUAUUUCUCUUUAACUUUAAAUUUAAGUCAUUUUCAACUAUUUCGGUGACUAUAUGCCUCUUUAGAUUAUAUGUGCCCAGUUCAACUGCUUUGCUAUUUCAAUGAGAGAGGUGGCACUAGGUUUAUGAUAGUUCCUUUAUGAAAAAAGGAAAAGUUAGCUUCGAAAUAUAUUCUUUCACACAAAAAACAGCGACUGGAAAUAAUAUAUAACGGGUUUUUAUAUAAACUGACCACUGCUUCAAUUUUGUUACAAACAUAUGAAUGUUUUAUGGAAUCAUCAAAUGCUUUUCAAAAUGAAUUCACACAAUUAAAUAUUUUUUAUAUAAUAACUUCAUUAUUUCAAAUUAGACGACUUAUAUAUAUUGUAGUUAGCUUUUUUACAUUCUUUUCUUCAAUUCGCUUCGUUGUUUGUGAGUGAAUACCCAAAUUUUGCGACACAAUUUUUAAUUGACUUUGAAGUUACUUAAACACCUCAAAUCCUUUUCAAGCUCAAAUAUCUCACUUAAAAUAGAUACAUUUAUAGUUCCGAAUAUUCUAUUUCCAUUAAAAAUUUUGCAAAAAUCAUAUUUUCAUACUUUUGCAGCUUGUUAUUAAGCCCUUUUUAUUCGAAAAGAAUGUUUAAAAUUUCAUAUUCGUAUGGUCUCAUUGUCAUGAUAUAAAACAUAUCUUAGUUUGGGAAACACAAAGCUCUUAAACUAAAUUAGAGUAUACAAAAAAUACAUGAAAUUAUCAAAAAAAUGUUCCAUUCCAUACCAUAUUCUGAGAAUAUUGUAACAUUGUUGAAUAAAUUUAAAUCAAGAAUUACCAAUAUAAUUAAUAAAAAAAGAUUAAUACAUCCCAGUAUAGAAUAAUGUAAAUAACUGCUGGAAAUGACGCUAUAGUACAUAUCGUUUCCUCAAGUUGGUCAAACUAUUCGAAAUAGAGUUAUGUUGAAUCCAAUUUAUUUCAUGAACCAAUGCAUAAACUUUAUUUUUGAUGAUCUCAACACUUUUCUUAUUAUUGAAGAAAACUUUUCCUUUGAGGAGCAGACUCAAAAACGUAUCUAAUUGUGCAAAAUCCAAAUUCAUGGAAUGGAAGGAAUAUAAUUAAUUCAAAGAUCCAAUAGGUGAUUUGCACUCCUUAAACUCUGAGGCGUUCCGUCCUGUUUCUGUUUUUUACACCAGUUCUUUUGCGAAAAACUGUUGCCCUGCAAUAAGCUGAGCUAUUCUUGGUAGUAUCUGCUUCAAAUAUAUUCCACCAACUGUGGAAAACAAUUAUUCAUUCGUUCAUAUUAUACAAUUGAAUUAAUUAUAAUCUUUCUCCAUUAUUUGUUGUAGUACAUGUCGUCACAAUUAUAAAUUCCUUUUGGAGAGUUUUGUGACGAGAUGCUUCUGGUAAUUAAUGUGGCAUAUCCUUUUCAUUACUAUUGAGUUCACGUAACGCUUUUUUAUCCAUUUUUAACUUCCAGCUUUUAUCUGUUUAUUUCUAUCGAAAAAAAUGAUUGUCGUGUAGUUACCAAUAAAGUUUUUAGAUUUAUCGUAGCUUAUUACUGAGUCAGAUGGCUCUUGAAAUUUAAAACUGGUAGUUCUCAAAAUAAUGUCUGUAAAAAAAUAGAAAAUUGUUUUCCAUUAUUACCAGAGUCAGUUGCAUUUGUACAAGUUUGGAAGGUUUUUCAAUCUCUAUCAGUUAUAAAAUUACAAGGUAAGGAAAUUAUACUGGAAAGUUUUUUUAUCAACGUGAAGUCUUAAAACGUUGAAUAAAACAUGUUUUUGUUAUUUUAUAUCAAGUUUCUCACACUCUACAUCAUAUUUUUAUGUAGUUAAAAAAAUUAGCAAUGAUCGUUGUUUAGCAUACGUGUAAUAAACUAUAUUAGAAUUUUAGUUGAUACUUGUUACAAGCUUGACAGUUGAAAAAAAUCAAUCGAAUAACAAAGAAGUGGAAUUUUAUAGAUUAAUUAGAUCUUUUAUGUUUUAGAUUUGUUAAACUAUAAUUAUUUGAUGGUUUCAGGUUUUCUUUAAGUAUACUUAGCCAUUUUAGGAAAGCUUCUUCAUUUAAUGUAAUGCGACUUAAAAAUAAAGUUUAUCAAUGAAACAUGUACAUGAGUCUUCAGGAGAGCGCAUUACACUUAGCUUGUUAUUAAACAGUCGAGUCGGUUUUUGACAUAAAUUGACAAAAUAUUUUAACUGUAUUCAAAUGAUGCAGCUAACUUUAAAGAUAGUUUUAGUAUUAAUAUUUGUACGUAAUGAAGAAUUAAAAAUUUGAAAAUUGGGAACUUUAAUGCAAAAAUAACUUCUUAAGGACGUUCCUAAGAAAAUAAUAUUGCCUGGAAUCUUCUGAAAAAUUCAAAUACAUAUUCAAAAGCGUCCUCUAAAUGUGGAAUUUUUUUUCAUAUAUUGCGGCAGUAAAUUUUCAAAAAUUGGCGGUUAAAGAUAAUAUAUUCAACACGUGAAGUGUAUUAUGGCCAAUAGUAAAACGAAAAGAGUAGCAAUAGUCUUAAAUAACUGAAAAUCAUUAUUUUAUACUAUAUUAUUUUUAAAAAAAGUUUCACUAUAAAUAUUUUUCUCGUAAUAAGAAAGUGUGUGUGAGUAUCUUUAAUGAUUUUUUUUAUUUUCCAUAAUUAACGACUUAGUAACUAACAAAUUUAAUAACUUAUUCUAAUUGAAGGGAUCCGUGCCCCUCAACCAGAUGUUAUUUUCUGCGAACAUCUACCAUUAGGUCUUGGACGAAUUGAACAGCUAUUUUACGUAUUAUUCUAAAAAUUCUACGAUGUAAUUAUACAACGUUACUUAUUUGCCAUCUUCCAUUAUACACUUUGCGAAAUAAAAGUGCCCAAAAAUCUUCAAUUGGACGGACCUCUCACAUUAUGCGUAGAUUUACCUCUUGUCUAAAUCGCACAUUAGACAAGAAUUUUAUCAGCAAAUUCUGCUUUUUCUUCAUAUUUUACUUUGUUAGGGUACUUCUAUAUUGUCCGUAUAAAAGCCAUCGUUUCCUUUAAUUGCCGAAUUGGCAAGAGUGAAGUAUUUUUCAUCGUUAAUAAAAAUGACUCUCUCAUUCGCAAAACGUAUCUACUUUCUGAGUGAAAUUUUGAAAAAUAUUGGAAAAUGCAAACUCUAUCGCGGUCAGGGAUCUGUCCAACCAAAUUAUAAAUACUAUUUCUUAUUUCCAACUUAUAAGACAUAUUAAUGCAACACUCAAAAAAAUACUUGUCUUACUACUCUCAAGAAUAUAAACAAUUUUUUGUUUACAAAGCCAUUUUGAUUAUAACGACCUAUUUUAAACUUUAAGGUAACUUAACAUGGUGCAAGAAACUGCAUGCAAUUUUUUCCAAAGUCAAAAUAUUUCAUAUAUUGAUAUUGCAUGUCGUUUGACAUUAUGCAAGUCUCUUACCACUGCAUCAUGGAUGCCCCUAACAAAAAUUCCAUUGGUAAAUUAAACAAACUUCUUACGUCAAAUUUUAUUUAAUAUUUUGUGAUCGGUUUAAAAAUGAAAAUAACAAAACUAAGUGGAAUGAACAAGAAAAAAGUGGUCAGUGAAGAACUGGCAAUAAUGAUAACUGCGGCCGCCUCGCUUUUGGAGCCUGAAGGACAGAUUGGUUGUUACGCGACUUCUCCCUAGAAUUGCAACUUGCACACAAUUAAAAUAGCAUCAAAUCGUUAAUGUUGCAAGUGCGAGAUUUUGCAUGAAACAAUAAUCUGAACUUAAUCUGGCAUGCUUUAGAUCAAGAAAUAUUGCGUCUUGCAUUGCAUUAUGUCAAGCAGUUUUUAAUUUGUUGCCAAAACUAUUGCGAUGUACGUUGUUCUUGGGAACGUCCUUAACAAAAAACUUUAAUUUCUGUGACAAACAAUAUGACCAGGUGCGGUAGGUAAAUUAUAAAAACUUAAUCUGAUUUAUAAACAUUUCUCGUUGUUAUAAUUUAUGUUACAUAUGCCGGCAAAAUAAUCCACGCUAUAAUUUUUAAUUUGAAAGAAUCAUCUGAGCUUAAAUUCUGAAUUUAAAUUGAAUGAAGAAAAAUUGCGUACAACAAUCCUAGUAUUUCCGGAACUGAAUAAUAUUUGAAACUGAAAAAUAUGUUGAAGGGAUAAUUCUGUGACUUUAUCACGUUAUGAGAUAAAAAGCAGGUAUUUCAAUAACGACAUUUUUAGACUUUCUUUUAGAUCACCUCUUGGUCUUGUGAAUAACUUUGUUCUUAAUUGACAUGUUGACAUUUUAAACGCAGCUUUACACAUUAACGAAUUUUAGUUCAAAUUUUUAUCUCAGAAACCAAGUUUGAGAUUCUUCGUAACUGGUAAUAACCAAAUGAAAUUGGUAUAUAUAGAGAAUAUAUAAAUUUUCAUAAGAGCUGUCCCAGUUUCUAUAUUCAGUAAAUUCAACCUUUCGGUGCAAAUUAUAUAAUUUACCUGCCUAACUAGCUCUUUUAUAAGUGUGAUGUUGACUCUUAUUAUUGAAAAGAAGGUAUUGUACGAAUGGUUGUCGAUGUAAAAAAAUGUAAAUAUUGUAUUGUGUACAGUAAUAUAUGUUUAUGUGCUUUUAGAUAUAGUUAUAUAUUAUUUAACUAAUAUGAAACAGUUAAACCUAGAAAUUCGGAAAACAAGAAAUUACUAAAUCCAAUUAGAUCAAUAAAUCCCAUUCUACUCACUGGCUGAUCAAGUAUUAGGAUGAUGAGUUUUUCCAUUAAUUAUCAAUUUUUUUUUAUUUCUUGAGCAAAUGAUUGAAUUUUUAAUCAUAAGUAAAACGUGGUUUUGAAAUAUUACAACUUAAUUAUAUUGCAGAGAAGUCAUGUUCGAGGGGUAAUCAAAAAAUAUGGCGCAUUAUAAGACAAAAACAAGAAAUUACUCAAGUUCAAUAUACUACUUAUCCCAAUGUUGAAUUCAACCCUGGAAGGUUUCUUUCGGAAUAGCUGCUGUAUCGCGGUCUUAGCAAUGACGUGAAUGCUGUCAAAACGUUUCCUUUUUAGUACAUUUUGGAAUUUUUAGAAAAGGCAGAAGUCUAAUAGUGCUGAAUCUGGUGGAUGUGGACAGAUAUGAAUAUUUUUUGAUGCCAACAACUCGCAAAUCGUAAUCGACUUAUGGCAAGGAGCGUUGUCAUAAUGUCUUCACACAUCGUUUAGCAAAAACUCAUAUAGUCCUUUGCGAAAUUCGAAGUUCACUGUUGCUCACAAUCGAAGUAAAACAAUGACUAUGAUCUUAAUGUUCAACUUUGGUUUAUGGACAUUCUUCAUUUAAGUUGACAGCAGUAGCGUCUUCAUCUCUGUUAUUAAAGGGUUGCUGGAUAACAAUUAUACUAAAACGGAAAACUAGGAAAAUCUCGUUUGUAGCAAUCACAUUUCAUCAUCAUUUCAAUAAACCUCAAGUAGAAACUUGACUUUUAAAUCUAACGUUUGAGCAGGAAAUAUUUGUUGUUUAUUUAGUAUUUAUAUAUACAUUAGGCUUACGAAGUUAUUUAUUGUCCUAAAUAUUUUGAGUUCAAGUUGAGGUCCAUAUGUCAGCUAUAUCAUUUUGUUUGUUUUUCUUAUCAUUAGAACUGAAGUAAUGUCCGCUCAGUUCAGUUCGUUUAAUUUUGAUUAUAAACUUUUUAUAUUUUUGACUAGUCAUUAGAUUAAUGUUAACCCUGACUUCAAUCUUCCAGUUUUAGUAAGCAAUAGUUAGAUUUAGACAUUUGAUUGUUUUCCAAACUUUUAGAAGAUGUCAUUUCAAACACAAAUCAAUUUGUGUUUGGUUAUAUUUUGUUGUACAAAUUUUAUUGGACUAUUUAUAACAUAAUUGACAUAUUGUUUUUGUUCCUAUAUUGAGGUAUUAGUCAUACUUAAAGUAAUUACGAUGUAUAUCUUGUUAUUAAUCACUCUCGGUAUAUUAGAGUAACUACUGUAAAAGAUAUGUAAAGAUCAAAAAUAAACAUAGAAUAGUUUGUUUGGAA